CCCAUAGGUGGAGCAGUUUGCGAAACCUGGGGGCGCCGCUGCAAGCUUUCAGCGAGAGAGGAGGGAGCAGUGGAGGGGCCCUUGGCACCUUCCCAGCCUGCGCCCAGAUGCUGCGAGCCCUGACCAGUGCCCUGCGCCUUCCACGCCCCUGGAGACCCCUUCAGACCCGCAGCUGCGCCUCCGAUGGGGCGGCUGGGGACCCGGAGAUCCAAGUGCGCGCCCUGGCAGGUCCAGACCAAGGAAUCACGGAGAUCCUGAUGAACAGACCAAGUGCCCGUAAUGCCCUGGGGAAUGUCUUGGUCAGUGAGCUUCUGGAAGCUCUGGCCCGGCUGCGGGAGGACCAGCAAGUACGCGUUCUGCUAUUCAGAAGUGGAGUGAAGGGUGUGUUCUGUGCAGGUGCAGACCUGAAGGAGCGGGAGCAGAUGAGUGAGGCGGAAGUGGGGAUCUUUGUCCAGCGGCUCCGAGGCCUGAUGAAUGAGAUUGCAGCCUUCCCGGCACCCACUAUUGCGGCUAUGGACGGGUUUGCCUUGGGUGGAGGCCUGGAACUUGCCCUGGCCUGUGAUCUCCGAGUAGCAGCAGCUUCCUCGGCUGUCAUGGGGCUGAUUGAGACCACCCGAGGGCUCCUCCCAGGAGCAGGAGGGACUCAGAGGCUGCCUCGAUGUCUAGGGGUGGCCCUGGCAAAGGAGCUCAUCUUCACAGGCCGAAGACUGAGUGGUGCACAGGCUCAAGCCCUGGGGUUGGUGAACCACACUGUUCCCCAGAAUGAGGAGGGCAAUGCUGCCUACCACCGGGCAAGAGCGCUGGCCCAGGAGAUCCUGCCCCAGGCACCCAUUGCUGUGCGGCUGGGCAAAGUAGCCAUUGACAGAGGAAUGGAUGUGGACAUCGCAUCAGGGAUGGCCAUUGAAGGGAUAUGCUAUGCCCAGAACAUCCCCACCCAGGACCGGCUAGAGGGCAUGGCAGCCUUCAGGGAGAAGCGGCCCCCCAGAUUUGUUGGCAAAUGACUCCCAUUUAAGUAUGGGAGAUGCAAGCCAUCAAGGGCAAGACCCACAAAGACAAUGACAGAUAUAAAACAACUGGCAUGGUGUCUGAUACUAAGGUACUGACCAUGCCACCGACUGCUACCUUCGUUAUUCCUUAUCCUGGGGCUAGAUGACCACUGGGGUCAAGUUAGCUUUGGAGAAUAUCUGUCUCUCCCUAUUUGAAUGGUAAACUAAGGAUUAAAAUAGACCACUCUGGGUCUUUAUGUUAUUGACUCUCA